UUCAAUAUCGAACUAAAAUAAACAAUUUUAACGCUUGAAUGCAGUAAAAGUUUAAUUGAAUUGUUUUAUAUCGCAAAUGCAUAACUCAAUCAGGCGCGGACAAGUAAUAGAAAAUUCAAAAUUAAUAUGUAUUUAUCCAAAAUAUUAUCAAAUGUUAAUCUAAGUAUUACACUUAAGACAUUCUCGAUUAAUAGUGCUUAAAUAAUCAAAAGAGUUUCGUUAAGUCAAAGUUCGAGGAAAACUAAGUGAAAGUGAACAAAGUUAAAAGUAUUCCAUGCAUAAAACUCUUGUGAAAUUGCGCUUUGCAUGUUUAACCAUGUAAAAAACUAGCUAUUUCAAGUUCUUGAGGAGCAAAAGGGAGUGCAUAACAAGAAAUAAAGGAAAUUCAGAAGCUUUAGUCAGCUUCUAUGCAGGACUUUGCUGUCACAAUAAAAAAAAGGAGAGUCAACUAACCUAGUCAAAAAGUGGAAUCUUCAGGAGUCAAGGGACAAACGAGAAAGAAGCACACUCGACAAGUAACUUAAGCGUGUAACUGAAACCUGUCAGGAGCAACCGAAGGACUACUUCAAAAAAUCACUUUACUAGUUGCAGCGCAUUAUCACAACUAUGAGCGCCCGAAUCCUGCAAUGGACGUCAUCAUCCUGGCAACGACAACAACGACAACAACAACAACAACGACAACGUCAGCAGCGACGGCAAUGGCGGCGCCGUCGACAGGAAACGGAAGCAGCGCAGAGACGAGAACAUAAACAACUGCUUCAAAAUGGCAGUACAAACAUAUCAGCAGCUUAUGAUGAUGAUAACGAUGAUGAUGAGAAUGAAAACGAGCCACAUAAUCAAAGCAGUCUAAACAACAAUAACAUCAGCAGAAGCUUGUUUUCAACAACAUCAAGUUAUAGCAUUUCCGGCUUAUGCGAGUGGAAGCAACAGCAACAACCGCAACAACAGCGAAAACAACAUCAAGAAAAGGCUGUAGAAUCCACAGCUUACACACACACCCGCAGAUUUCCGUUACUCUUGCCACUUCCGAUGCCCCUCUCAAUACUGCUCCUUCUAUUAGUAGACUGCUCUUUGGCCAGGACUGGAAAUUACUCCUUCCGUGCAGUCAAUUUAAGCGACUCGGAAGUCGGACUGCUAUUUAAUGAGUCAAGCACCGCUGCAGUUGCACCACCAACCACCGCCGUGACGGUCAGUCAGGACAGCAGCAAAGAACUGGCCGUGGAUGAUGAUGACGGAGAUAACACCAGUGAAUAUAUCUUUGAUCGCACCGAUGUCCGCAUUAUAUUUAUUACGCUCUAUUCCAUUGUCUUCUGCUGCUGUUUUUUUGGCAAUCUACUUGUGAUAUUGGUGGUCACCUUGUCGCGUCGUUUGCGCUCCAUAACCAAUUUUUUUCUGGCCAACUUGGCGUUUGCCGACUUUUGUGUGGGUCUCUUUUGUGUGAUGCAAAAUCUGUCCAUCUAUCUCAUCGACAGCUGGGUCUUUGGCGAGUUCCUCUGUCGCAUGUAUCAAUUUGUCCACUCGCUGAGCUACACGGCCUCAAUAUUUAUACUUGUUGUCAUCUGCAUGGAACGUUACUUUGCCAUUGUCCAUCCAAUAACGUGUAAACAAAUUCUGACUGCGGCACGCUUAAGGAUGGUGAUUGUCACUGUGUGGAUAACAUCGGCGGUUUAUUCAACGCCCAAAUUUGUCUUCAGCAAAACCAUCAAAAACAUUCACACCGAGGACGGGCAGGAGGAGGAGAUUUGUGUUUUGGAUCGUGAGAUGUUUAAUUCCAAAUUGCUCGAUAUAAUUAAUUUUGUGCUGCUCUACGUGAUGCCGUUGCUGGUCAUGACGGUGUUGUAUAGCAAGAUAGCCAUCGCAUUGUGGCGCAGCUCGCGGGGAUUCACCUCCCAUGUACCCCAGCAGCAUCAGAACCAUCAGCAGCAUGGCCAGGAGACAAGCAUGAGCCUGCACAAUAGCAUGUACCAUCACCAUCCCCAUCCCCAUCAACACGCCCAUCAUCAUCAACUUCAUCAGUUGCCAGCGGGCGCAGGAACAACGACGGCAGCGGCAGGAGGAGGAGCAGGAGGAGGAGGAGGAGCGGCGCUUGCUUCCGGCAGCAGCUCCGCGUCCUUGUCACGUAAACUUAGUAGUAAAUAUGAAAAGCGUGGCGUCAGCAUCACUGAGAGCCAGGUCUCGCUGGAGGCGGAUCGUCCCAUUGUGAGUGCCUGUCGCAAAACGAGCUUCUAUCAUCACUCCCACACGCACAAUCAGCGGGGAGGAGGCGCCAAUGGCGGGGGAGGGACGGGAGGCGGUGCCACACACAUGUCACAUUCAUCGAGCAAUGUAUUACGGGCUCGAAGGGGCGUGGUUCGCAUGCUGAUAAUAUUUGUGCUGACAUUCGCGCUCUGCAAUCUGCCGUAUCAUGCGCGUAAGAUGUGGCAAUACUGGUCACGUUCGUAUCGCGGUGAUUCCAAUUUUAAUGCGCUGCUAACGCCGCUCACCUUUCUGGUCACGUACUUCAAUUCGGGCGUUAAUCCCCUGCUUUAUGCUUUUCUUAGCCGCAAUUUUCGCAAGGGGAUGAAGGAGCUGCUGCUGUGCUCCUGGAAGAAGGGCAAGGGAAAGUCAUCGUCCAACUCUUCGAUGCAUCACAAGCGCAAGGCAUUGCAGACUCACUCCCUGCCCACGGAUACCACGCACAUUGGCAAUGAGCAGCUAUGAUGGCCAAGUUGCUGGAUUUCACAGAUGAGGUCCUUCGGUCGUCGCUCAUAGAACCCUUUGGAGCACAGCACCCACUUUUAGCCAACUCCAAUUAGUCGUACUCGUAGUCAUAGCUAAAUGUAAUUUUAUUGUGAUUUUUUAAGAAGCCCGUUGCUUGGUUGGAUUAGCAAUUAAAAUCUAUACAUAAUCGUACAUGUAUUAACCAUAGUUUUAAUUCUCAUUAUUGUCAAGUUGUACUACAAUUACGCCAAUUUUGAAUAACCAGCUAACUAAAUCGUAACUCGUAUUGUAUUUGAAUAUUUCCUUGUCUAAGGACACGGUGCAUGUGCAUUAUGAGUCCUCAUUUUAUUAUUAGUCAUAUUUUAAAGUGAUCUGAAAGAUACGAAUAAAUUAUCUAACGAUACAAA